AUGGCAUUCCUAAAUGAAGGAUCCCUGUUCCUCUACGUUGGCCUAGGACUCGGCAUGCUCACUAUAUCGUACUUGACCUUAUCUACAAAUCAGAGGGAUAUACUUUUCAGAAGGUUGAAACUACGAGGUCGCCGAGCGUCAACUGCCAAUACGCCUCCACGAUCGAUCUCCCCGGAUAAGAAGGAGCCCAGGAACUCUCCGCCGUCCUCAAGUGAGUAUGUGAGUGCGUUUCCACCUCUGAACAGAGAUUUAUUGGAAGUGGUUGCUGCCGAGCUUCCUGCCCACCAGCGCCUUGCUCUCGGUGAACUCAACUUUGAUGAGAAAAACUGGACCAAGUCGGUCAUGGGAUUUGAGGAAGACUUCCGGACAUGUGCUCCCAACAAAUAUACCUUCACAGGUCAUUCAGUGCAAGAGAUCCGUGGAUUGGGCGACUUUCCAGAUUACUCAAGCCUUAGUGGUGUACCUCUUCCAGAACCUUACCCCGAACAUGACAUUAAGACGGCUCUACCAAGACCAUAUCGUCCAUUCAGGUGGGCUUAUCAUCAGACCAUGUCCCUGACCAAACUUGAGCCUAACUGGUGGCUUGAAUUGGAGAACACAUACGUCAAACGCAUCGCUGAACGUAAACGUUUAUAUGCUGUACACGGAGAGUCUGUUCUUCAAAGCCUCCCAGGAUCUGAAUUGGCGUGCAAAGAGCUCAUGGAGAUGAUCGUCCAGUUUCUGUGUGCCCGGUACCCCCAAUAUUUCCAUCUCCACGAUGAUAAGAAAACGUUUGAGAACAAGAUCCUUGGGACCAGACAGGAUGUCUCUGCCAAACAUCCAUUGUUGGUCAUUUUGGACAACGUGCCCGAAGACUUUGCUAUUACGCUACGCAAUCCCGAAACUGGUUAUUACCACUUUCGUGCUGGUGUCAUCUGUUCGGCUCUGGGGUGGAAUGUGGGUACCAAGAUCGGAAUGUCUUUGCCCCAGAUCCAUGCUCCAAUUCCAGACUACAAGGAGAAAAUGCAGUUUAGCAUGGACAGAUACUUCACCAAGAUGCCCACCCAAAAACCCAUUCAGCGUGGUUCAUGGGGCUUGGAAGUUGAUCAGCCCUUGUACAUGCCACCAGGUGAUCCGCAUGAGAAGUAUCGGGACUUCCAGUCUCCCGAUUUAGAUCCUUCUCGUAUCCACCUACGCGUCGACUGGCAGACUCUUCGUCGCUUGCCUCUUUCUGGUGGAAUUGUGUUUAAUUUCAAGGCCUUGUUCACUCCGAUCACCGAAUUCCGAGAUGAACCUUACAUCCCGUCCCUCAUCCUGAAGGUAUGCAAGGAAGGUAAAGAAAACUUGAUGAAGUACAAGAACACGUGGCACGUCGAACAUGUGACCAUUCCUGCUCUAGAGCAAUAUGAGCAAGAGCAGAAGGCAGCUGGCGUGGUGGAGAAGCAUUGGACCGUGAAUACGCUUGAUGAAAGUCCCUAUUUCCCCGGCUGGCAGGACAAGUGGAUUCGACAACAAGGCUUCGCAGCCAAGGAGUAUUCCACUUGA